AAGUUCUCUCUCCCCUUCCCUCUUCGCUCGGCGGCCGCCAAUCCCGUCAAAUACUUGGCCGACCCUUAUUAAUGAUAUACCUUAUCCACCCGCAAUCUGCGAGUUGGCGGCUCAUCCCAUUAUCAUAACCCAUAACCAAGCUUUUUUCGACCUUCACCAAAACCUACCGUAAUAAUUUCCCAUCCAACUUCGCAAAGCUUAUACAGAUUCAAAUUUCAAGUUUACCUUUCGUUCUUCCUUGUUAUAUAUCGAAUUACGUAUACCAUUUUGUUGCGACAUAGAAUUUUUGCACCUCUUUUUUCUAGUCAGUUUGUCAUCAACCAACGAAAACGAGCGAGCGACUCAUCGCUCAAGGCAACAACGCCAUGGCUCCUCGCGAGAAGAGCCAAUUGAAACGUGGACGGGAUUCUCCUCCCUCCAAAAAUGACAACGAUCUUGCCAAGAAACCCCGUCGUUCCGGUCGAUUGUCGCAAAAAGCCGAUAAUACUGAACAACUGAAAACUCCAGUCAUUACCAACAAACAGAAGCUACCCUCUCCAGUUACACACCCAUCCGACAGUGAUGGGCUAUAUAAAGAGGCGACAGCCGAACCACCGGAUGGACGACCCAGUCAAGUAACACAUCGCACUCCCGAAGAAACUUUCUCUCAAGCACAAAUCUUGUCGUCGCCCCCUCAAGAUACACAAGCGUUCCCAACAUCCCAAUUUGUAGAUGCGAAUGCUGCUCUAUCCGAUGAAGUCGAAGAUGAAGAGAAGGAAGGAGUAUGGGGAUAUCUCUUCCCACUUGAUCUACGGCAUGGGGGAAGGUGUGUGGUAUUGAGGAAACGUUCUACUUGUCCGAUGUCAGAAGACAUUGCAGGUGUUUUGACCAAGAAACAAUCUGGUACUUCUGCACUAAAACAGGAAGAGAACUUCGAAAAGUCUAAGAUCAAGGGUAUACCAUCGGGUGGAUUCCUGAUUGGACGACAUCCUGAGUGCGAUAUCAUCGUGGAUGAUCCUAUAGUUUCCAACCGCCACUGCUUAAUAUUCACCGAAAAUAAGGGCGAUGAUGCAGUCGCUAUCCUCGAGGACUUGUCUAGCAACGGAACCUUCGUAAACGAAGCCAUUGUAGGAAGGAAUCAGCGCCGAGAGUUGCAAGCGCAGGACGAAAUCGCCGUCAUGGACAAAGCCCGCUUCAUCUUCCGCUACCCGCGCAGUCGAGCUUCCAGCGCCUUCCUACAACAAUAUACUCUGCUUGAUCGUCUGGGUAAAGGUCAUUUCGCCGAAGUGUACCUGUGCGUCGAGAAAUCUACCGGUCAACAAUACGCCGUCAAGAUUUUCACGAUGAACCCUGGUAUGGAUGAGAGAUCGAAGACGGAUGGCCUGCAGCAGGAAAUCGCCGUGUUGAUGGGAGUCAGCCAUCCUAAUGUGUUGUGUCUCAAGGACACCUUCAACGAGAAGAAUGCAGUUUAUCUGGUGCUAGAACUCGCCCCAGAAGGCGAACUGUUCAACUACAUCGUCAUGAAACAGAAGUUGACGGAAGCGGAGACGAGGAAACUGUUCAUUCAGUUAUUCCAAGGCAUCAAGUACUUGCACGAUCGAAAUAUUGUCCACCGAGACGUCAAGCCCGAAAAUAUCCUGCUAGUAGACAAGGAACUUCACGUGAAACUCGCUGACUUUGGUCUUGCCAAGAUCAUCGGUGAGGAGUCCUUUACCACGACUUUAUGUGGCACACCUAGCUACGUUGCUCCGGAGAUACUGGCGGAAGGAAGGCAUAGAAAAUACACCAAGGCUGUCGAUAUUUGGUCACUUGGUGUGGUACUCUAUAUUUGCCUAUGUGGUUUCCCUCCCUUCUCGGAUGAACUGUAUAGCCCCGAAUUCCCAUACACGCUUUCGCAACAAAUCAAGAGUGGCCGCUUCGACUAUCCCUCUCCUUACUGGGAUUCAGUGGGAGAUCCCGCACUGGACCUUAUUGAUCACAUGUUGAUCGUCGAACCGGAGAAGCGAUACACAGUUGACCAAUGCCUUGCGCACCCGUGGAUUACUCAGAAAAUGCUUGGUGUCAACGACAGCACGGACGGCCUCGUGGCCGGCAUCGGAGGAUUAGAAAUGCAACGGAGGGGUGCGGUCCGAGAACGAACGAUGCUCAGUUCCCUUAACACAGUCGAAGUCGCGAGCAAAAUCCCUCUAGGUCCAGACUCAAAGAAGGGCCCUCUGAAAGUGUUCUCGAAGAAUCCGGCUGCGGAUCCAAAUGCAGCGGCGUCGGAGCCUCGACCAGCAGAUCAGAGAGGUACGAAAGAGUUUAUGGAACUAGGUGGCAAAGGCGAUCAGGAACUUUUUGGUAACGACUCGAUGAGCUUCUACUCAAAGCCUGAAGCUGUUGCUGCUAAGGGCAACAAAGCAAAGGCAAAGGGUAAAGGAAAACCUAAUGGGAAAUAAUCGACAAUUUAGGAUGGUGUGACACUGAGAAGGUAUUGUUGAACAUAUUUAGAGCAUCGGUCUGAUGGAUUCUUGCAUGUUGGUGACGUAUGGAGGGUUUCUAGAGCUAUUCGACUCUCCUUUAUCAAUUCUCAGACACACUAUCGGUCACAAAGGGGAUUCGUUCAUUCCAUCUAGCGGGGACCCAGUAUUUGCUCGGAGGUGUAUGUGGAGCCGGCGUCUAUAGGGUUUAGGUGGUGUAUUCGGAUUCAAAAGGCUGGGAAGGGUUUCUCGCAAUUUGCAUCAUAUCAUAUGAACAGGUCUAUAAUAUAUGCUGCUCGACAUGAGAGCUUUGACAGGUAAUUGAGAUUAUAUCCUAAAG